AUGCCCGGAUUUGAUGCUUUAGCCACCACGGGCCUCAUAUUCGGUGGCUGUUGCACCAAUGUCUUUGCUCUGGAAGGCAUUGUCAAGCUUGAGUCAAGGAGUGGGUUGGUGAUUACGUUCUUCCAGUUCGUGUUUACGAGUUGCUUUGCGUAUUUGACGCAGUUUGAGGCUGGGGGGAGGUGGGCUUUAAGGGCGCCGAAGGUCCCUCUGUCGCGAUGGGCAAUUAUUGCAGCGAUGUUUUGGGGUAUUAACAUGCUGAACAACUGGGCUUUUGCGUACAAUAUCAGUGUGCCGGUGCAUAUUAUACUGCGCAGCUUUGGGAGUGUGACGACGAUGGUGGCGGGGGUGUUGCGUGGGAAGAGGUAUAGUCCGUUGCAGGUGCUCAGUGUUGCGCUGCUUACGGUGGGAGUUUUGAUUAGUGCGUGGGCUGAUUCUGAGAGUAAGGGUAAAAAGAUGUCCGUGGAGAACGAGGCGUCUUCAUCAGACUUCAUCCAGGGGUUGGGCAUAUUGCUCCUCGCCCAGUUCAUGUCAGCCUACGCAGGAGCAUACACCGAAGACACCUACGCGGAGUACAAGGCGAACUGGACAGAGAACCUGUUCUACUCACACAUACUCGGCUUGCCACUCUUCCUCCCUCUCGCUGGAACGCUGCAACACCAGUAUCGGAAGCUCGCAGACACGCCACACGUCAGUGUACGACAAUACUUGCCAUCCAUCUUGGCACAGACGGGUACGACAUCUGACGCCACGGGGGGACUCGCGCCUCGCGCAUAUCCUGAAACAAUGCCGAAAGGGAUUCUGCUAUUGUUUACCAACGCAGUGACACAGCUUGCAUGCAUCUCCGGGGUCAACUUGCUCUCUGCCAAGUCAUCCGCUGUCACUGUGACCAUUGUGCUGAACAUCAGGAAGUUGGUGUCGUUCAUCAUGAGCACGCUUCUGUUCGGGCACCAGCUCAAUGCCAAGAUGAUUCUUGGAGCAACGCUGGUCUUCGGUAGCGGUGCGUUAUACGGUUACGAGACAAGCUGGAGGAUACCAAAGCAGAAGAAGAAGAGUCAGGCAGAUGCCAAUGGCAAACCACCAGGAAAGAAGGAGCAAUGA